AUCUCCCUCCUAUUGUCCCUCCGUUACCGACAAUCGUUAACGUCAAUCAUUCGAAUUUGAAAUUAUAAUCACCAUCCGUCAUCUGCCUCUAAUUACCCUCAGAUCCAUUAUAAUUCCUCCACCAAUACGUGGCAAUUGCGUUUCACUCCAAUCACUCCAUCCCAUUCCCACCGUGACACCUUCCAAUCGCCAAAGUUACCUCAGCAGAAUCAAGAGCAUCACGAGACCACACGAGACACCGAAGCCGCGAGUAUUAUCAGUCUGCGUUGAGCUUUUUUUCCAACUUUUUAUUACUUUUUUUUCUGUAUCCCCUCCGUGAAUGCCACUCACACCACCGCGAAUCGCGAUAACUCAGCACUUUUACAAGAACUCAGUGUUGAUCCAACACUUUACGUAAACACACACCAGCCCACCCAGUCUGAUUGUCUGAUCAUAAAAUCAAUCAUUGAAUGAAAUUUAAUUGAAGUCACUGUGACUCCUAGUGCUCGUAAAUCAUGAUUAUCCCCCUGAUCAGCCGACGAACCAGUGGAGUCGCCUGCGGGAAGAUGAUGAGGCCCAAGAUCUCCAGAUUGUCCACCCAAGUGGAGCCAGCACCUCAGAGAAGGUCCGAGGAUCCAUCCAGGGAAGUGAUGAUUAACUACCUCGAUGGUAAGGACAACGGAAUUGCCGUCCUGGGUCUCAACAGGCCCUCGGCGAAAAACGCCUUCGGCAGGAAUCUCGUGACUCUGUUAUCAGAUUCACUCCAUAAGAUACGAAACGAUGAGAAGGUCAGGGUUCUGAUUCUGCGGAGUCUUGUCCCCAAGGUCUUUUGCGCAGGAGCGGAUCUGAAGGAGCGAGGACAGAUGACUGAAGAGGAAGUGGGACAGUUUGUGAAUACCCUGAGAAAUUUGAUGAACGUGAUGGAAGAGAUACCGAUUCCCUCGAUAGCAGCGAUCGAUGGAGCUGCUCUUGGAGGUGGUCUGGAGUUGGCAUUGGCCACGGACAUCAGGACAGCUGCGUCCGAGGCGAAGAUGGGACUCGUGGAGACGAGGCUAGCGAUCAUACCUGGAGCAGGAGGGACACAGAGGCUUCCCAGGACUGUGGGGGUGGCUAAGGCGAAGGAGAUGAUCUUCUCGGCGAAGAUUCUUGAUGGGGAUGAGGCGGAGGAUAUUGGGCUUGUUAACAAGGCUGUGGCGCAGAACAGAGGGGGAGAUGCUGCCUAUCAGGCGGCCUUGGGAAUCGCUCGGGAAAUCCUGCCGAAUGGACCUGUUGGUGUCAGGAUGGCAAAGGUAGCAAUUACCAGAGGAAUCGAGGUGCCAAUCGAUCAAGGCUUUGAGAUUGAGAAAGAAUGUUACUCCAAGAUACUCAAAACCAAGGACAGACUAGAAGGGCUGGCAGCAUUCUCCGCAAAACGUGUGCCAAUUUAUCGUGGCAUGUAACAAAACAAUUAAUAUUAACUCUAUACAGCACUGUGAUAACGUCAAGUUAAAUUCUUUGUAUAUUCUGCAAUAUCAACAUACAAUACAAUUUUCAUUUCAAUACGUCA